UCCGUCGCGCAUCUGACUGAGAGUCGUCUUGUCGCUAGGGAGAAAUAAUUUUAAUAAAAAACUGAAAAGACAUGCUCGUUGACUUGACAAGUGUCGGGAAAUUGUGGAAUCGUGAAAAACAAUGAAAAUGAGGACUCGGUUCAAAAUCUGCCCUGAAUUGGCUUUUGAAACGAGAUUCAACCUAACGGGAUCGUCGAUUGUAGAUCAAAAUCGAGAGCUAUACAAUGGUAUCGACUAAAAAUGAAGGCUUUCUCAGCCCAAUUAGCCGUAGGAUUUAAUUGGGGAGCUUUGGAGACUUGUGUGAUUAAAAUACAGCGAUCAUAGCUGUUAUUCAGUGCUUCGGGGUGCUUUUGAAUGAUUUGAAUGUAAACAUGGCCGCCGGCGUGUUGUGCGAUGGGUGUUUGUGUGUUACUAAACUUGAUAAUGUUUUGCUGAGAUCGUAGUAAACGAUCGGAAAUAUGUGCACGAAGGACCCAGGCUGGUGUCUGGGUGAGCGAUGAACGUAUUCCGGGCCCUGAUCCCGUGUGCCCUGCAUCGCAGUGGGGAAAGCGGCGGAAGUGGCGGCAGUGGAAGUUGCUGGUCCACCGGAAGAGGACGAGGGGAUGAUUCUCGUAUGACCCAAAGAAUGGGAGCAUCCGCCUCUUCUAGCAUCGCCGCAGUCGGUGGUGACCCAGUGCAGGCAGCUAGGCUCUCAUCGUCUGGAAAUCCUGAGCAACUCGGGAUUAUUGUUAGGGAACGAAAAAAAAAGGUGACCGGAUUCGCGACAUUGCGAAAGAAAUUUAUCAGAAGACGUAGAUCGUCAAAAGCAUGUGAUCAUGGUAGAAUAAUAAGAGAGCUGGUAUCGUCAUGGAGUCCGCUUGAAGCUGGUGCUCUUUUAGAAGAAUAUGAGGCUCUCGCAGCUUUGAAAGAUCUGCACGUCCAAGCAGAGUUGGCCAGGCCACCUGCAGCAACUUUCAAGCAAGACUUGUCGACCCUUUACGAUUAUAAACACUGUACGGAUGUUGACCUCGUCUACAGAGGAGCCUGCUUUCCAGUUCAUAGAGCUCUUCUUUCUUCGCGGUGCCCCUAUUUUAGAGAUUUAUUGGCAGGAUGUCCUGGUUAUGGUGCUCGCAUUUGCUUGGAACUGAGGACCCCUAGUCUGGAGGUAUCGAUGUUCUCAGCACUGCUACGAUAUUUAUACACGGGUGAUAUCUGUCCACACGAUACUUCAUUGGACACAAAUCUUUUACGUCGACUGGGCGAGGAAUUUGGCACUCCGAAUCCUCUCGAACAUGAUCUCAGAUACUUGCUGGACACCGGCGAUUAUGCAGACGCGGCACUGGUUUUCACGUCGGAUAAUGAUUACCAAAGACCGGAUAGCGGAAGUUCCGAAUACGGAUUCCGGCCAAAAUUAGAGCUACCAUGUCACAAAGCAAUACUCUCGGCGCGAUCUCCAUUCUUUCGAAACCUGAUACAGAGAAGAACGAGAUCGGGGGAAGAUCACACGGAGAGGGCGCUUCAUAUUCCUACUAGAAUAGUCUUGGAUGAGAGUGUCAUUCCCAAAAGAUAUGCGAGGGUGUUGCUCCAUGCUGUUUACCUAGACACUGUCGAUUUGUCCUUAAUUUUAAGAGGCAGUGGCUGUGGAAAUGGCGCUGGAAGUCUUGGAGAGGUUCAAGCACUGACACACACAGGUCGAAUGCGACCGAGUCCUCUAGAGGAGGCAAUGGAACUCUAUCAAAUAGGCAGAUUUCUCGAGCUCGACAUUCUUUCUCAAGGCUGUGAAGAUCUCAUAUUAGAAUGGCUCACUCUCGACUCGCUUCCAACCGUGCUUCGAUGGGGAAGUCAGCCGCACGGAUCCGCUUGGGUUCACAGACAGGCUCUCCAUUACCUUAGGGAGGAAUUCCAGCCAGUGACUUCAUCCCCGAUCCUUCACCAGUUGGACCUCGUGCACUUGUCAAUCGUUCUCCAGAGUCAUUUUCUUCAGGCGAGUGAACUGGAAGUGCUACAGGCUGUGCUCAAGUGGGGAGAACAAGAGCUGGUGCGACGAAUGGAGGACAGAGAACCGAAUUUACUCAGUCACACGGUACAUUCCGUGGCGAGAAAAGGUGUUAAAAAAAGGGAUCUUAGUGAUAUAGAAUUACGGGAAAUACUGAGCGAGCUUUUGCCACUUGUUAGGAUGGACCACGUUUUGCCGCCAAAUAGCGAAAUUCUUUCACAGGCAAUUAGAAGAGGAUUGGUUUCAACUCCUCCGAGUCAUAUGAUAGGGGAUGAGCGAGAAAAUUUAAGAGUGAAUGCUUGGAUAAGAGGCGGGAAGAAGAACGGACUCUUUGUGAGGCCUCGAUUAUUCAUGCCUUAUUACGAAGAAAUUAAGGCUCUAGUCGAAGAACAAAUGGUUCAAGAAGCGGAAUUGGUAAGAUUAAGAAGAACACGUUACAUUCCUGACAUUCCAGAUACGCUUUACAUGGUCGAUGAAAAACCGAGAGCCAUGGGUGCAGUCGGUGUUGAUAUUUUAGCAGCUGCUCUUCCAGUUCCAGAUACUGCUAUAAUGUCAGCGAUGCUGAAACGAGAACAAAAAUUAAGACAGUCUCCCAGUUGUCAACGCGCAAUUGGUUUACCUUUAUCUUCUCGCCACGAGAUUAAUAGGCAAGUGCGACUUCGUGUUGUCAGGGAGUUCAACUUACCAGACGCUGUGGCGGAUCUUCUCGAGAAUGCAGCGUGCUAUAAUUCGGGAGAAACAGAUGAUAAUAUGGCCGAUGUUGAAGAAAAUAGCUCUCUAAAUAUAAAUAGCAAUGUUGGUGCUUCAGUGUCAGUUUGCUAUGGAAGAAACAUGACAUUUCCUCGCCAAGCAUCUUCUUAUUCUCAUAGACGCGAACUACCCGCUGUUGUCACUGAAGGAGAAAACUAUAGACUUUCCGGGGAGCAACAGGAGAAUAAUUCAUGCAGCGAUGGUCAUUUAUCGGGAAUAAUGCCGGACGUAGCGAUGGCCACAGCGUCUUUUGGUGCUCUUCAGUUAGUGGAGCCACAAGAACUGGAAUUGGAUCUCGGCGAUGGAACCUCGCACCUUUUGCAACACGCUCCAUCGUCAGUUGGAACCGUAGGAAUGCAUCAUCAAAUGCAUCCCCAUCAACGCCAAAGACACUUUCCUGGCCCGCCUCCACCGCCUUACAUGUAUCAAAAUUCAGGCAGUGGUCUCCCGAGAUUCAUUUAAAAAAUGUAAGAAAUGUAUAUACUGCCUAUACUCUAUAAUUUGUCAUACCAGGGUGAAAUGAGCUCUUGUUGGCGCUCGUGUAUGUGUGUAGAGUACGCGUGUUUCAGUUGUAUGUAAUAAAGACAGACGUAUGUGUGAAUAUCGUUACGAUUAAGGCACAAAAGGUACUGUUCAGUCCAAAACAGGUUUUCUUCUCGUUAGAAAUUUCCUUUUUGUCUUUCUCGUUCGAUACCUCUGACUAUUUAAUAACUUAUGAAAGCCUUAAAAAUUCAUCGAGAGUCAAACACACACACCUUGAGACGUUAAAUGUAAAUUAAUGUAAAAAGUCGAUCCACAGAUCAAUCUAGUCUCUAUCGAAAAACUCGAAUCUCUAUGAAAGUCGCUUUAAAAAUGUGGAUCAAAGAAACUGAGAAAAAAAGCUCGCUUUCGCAAAAUUAUUUUGAUGUAGUAAUUAGUCUUAAGGUAAUAACUAUGCUCUCGUUGUUGUUUGACCCUCGGAAAAUUCGCUUUUGAAUUAAAACCGUACUAGGAAAUUUCUGAAAAAUACCGGUUUCAUGGAAGCCGAUUCUCGCGAAGUGAAAUUAUUCCUCAAGUGAUCACUCGUAGUUGCGAACAUAUGUACGUAAGGGUUACUUUGUUCCUGUUUGCAGACUAAAUUUCAUUUUAACAGGAAUUUCCCGUCUCAAAGAGGAUUUAGAAAAGGGUUCUGAGGAUGUAAUAUAGCCUUAUAGUAUUAAAUAACACAAAAACUUGGUAAUUAUCGUUAUUUACAACUUCAUUGCCAUUGCCAGUUGAAUUUAGAAUCUUCAUUCUUGGGUUGCGAAUCGAUUAGAAUUUGAAGAUUUCAAAAGCGACUGAAUGUGAUAGAAUGCACUAAAUUUUAAAUAGGUUUUGACUUCUACUCUUACAGACGAUCGCAAAGUGGCUUCCGGUAUCAAACAAUUGAUCAUGAAACUUUCAAUGAAAUUUGUGAAUUUGAAUUUACUCGUACUUAACCUUUAUCGGUGCAAGGAUUUGUUUCGUACGAUGUUGACUUGAAAUGGCCCAACUUUUAAUCUACCUUUCUUUUCGUAUGGGCGUUCAAUAGGGUGGUUCUUAUUUAUGCUCGGUCGACAUUUUUAAAAGGAUUUCUUUGCUCUUACUCUCCAAUUUUUUUUUUUGAAUUCUCAAAAAAAUUAUGCAUGCGAAUGAUUUUAAGGCACUCGUGUGUCCCCUCAAAGAAUAACCCACAAAUGACAAAUUUGAAUUUUACGUAAUAUUGAGGUUUAUUAAUGCUAUUGUGAUUUUUUUUCAAUGUAAUCAUCAUUAAUCGGCAAUUCAAAAAAAAUAACAAAAAGCUUCUUUUUGUCUUAAAUUUGGAGCUCAUGUUUUUGGAUCUACGAAAAAAGUUGAGGUAUGAGAGAAAAUAAAUUCUCAAAGGGAAAAAUAAGGGCCAUCCUAGUUCACGUAAAAUUCUCUACUAAGAAGAAUCUCUCAGUAAAUCCCAGCGAUGAUUUAUAAAGUAAGUAAGCCAACGAAACUAAACUUUACCACCGACAUUAAAAUGUUGUUGCCAACGUAGAUUCAAACCCCAAUUAAGGUUGUACAUAAAAAACUCAAUAAUUGUGUUAGUGAGUUCUUUCAAGCAGCAAGAGAGAAAAAAGAAGAAAAAAAAACAUUUCCAGUUAUUUAACGUAACAUAAUGCUGUGUUCUCGUGCAAAGACUGUGGAACGGAUAGUGCAGAUUUUAGUUGUAAACGUCUCGCACGUAAGUUCUUACGAGUUUAAAGAAAGUUGGGGAGUGGAAAAUGGCCCGUACUCGAGAGAAAAAUGCCGCACGGUCGUCCUCCACCUUGGUAGUCUAUUUGCGGUGCAAAAUCGAGCACCGAUUCUGUCAGAAGAAAGAUGGCUUUUUGUAGUAAUUGGAGACUAUUACAGGAAGUCUAGAGAGUGGAAAAUUGAUGCUCGAACAGGGCGCAUCGUUCUUAUCGGACCAAUGUAACUAGUAAUCGAUUAUAGAAGGCUCUAGUUUUUACGUAAAUAAUGAUGCACACCUAUACAGGAGGUCUGGUUUGUCAGGUGCUUUUCGUAAUUCCCGUUCGACUGUUAAGGGUCAGUUUAUGUUAAAGUUUAGUUUUAGGAUCAAUUUUACUUCAGUUUCAGAAUUUUUAAAUUCUCAAAAGCUUCUGAAUUCGAAAGUGUUUAAAUAUAAAUUGCCUUUGGGUGUAUAAUAUUGAGAUAAAAAAGUUAUACUUGACUCUUUCAUAACAAAUUUUAUUUUCAACCUCAAAGACCAAUUUUAUAGUUUGAAACUUUAACUCUUAACAAGUUAAAUUGGGAUAUGUUUUGAAUUCGGAUUCCGAGAAGUUUAUUGUAAAUAUAUUAAAAUUCUGACAUUUAAAAAGUCAUUGAAUUUUUAAACAGUUUUCAAUAAACCUGGAAAAGUCAUGGAAUUCAAACAAAAAAUGACUGGAACUUUUUAAAUCAUCUCUAUUGCAAAGUCUUAAUCAUUUAGUAUUUUAUAGCGAAUUCUAUAUUUGAAAAUUGAAAAAGAAAACUUAAGGAAAAUGCAAAUAUCGCACAAAGUGUAAGAAUUAAAUGAAACGAAAUGCAAGAUUGACAAAAUUGAUCAAAAUAUUAUUGAAAAUUAUUUUGAAUUCAACCAAAAUGAAUGACAAAUCAUUAUUAUUGCAUUAUAAUUUCUUAAAAUUUAAUUUAAUUGGAUGAAUUCGAGAAAAGUAGACCUGGAAUUUUUUCAAAAUUAUACCUGGAAUACCCGGAAGUCAUGGAAUUUUGUAACCAGACUCUUGUAGCAAACCUGAGUCCAGUUCUUAAUUUUCUGAAUUCGAACACAUUGAAAUUGGAAUGAUGAAUAACUAAUGAUUAAAAAAAUAAAAUUAAAAAGCUUCAAA